GACAAAGACAUCAUUUCAACUUCUCUUGAACCACGUCUUUUCGCCGCAUUCGCGGCUUUCCGCGCCCCGAUAGGCGCCUCCCCUUUGAGCUGCGGGUGUAACCGCUGCUUUAGCGGUGUGCACUCGCGCAUCUAUUUCCAAUCCUCAACUCGUUUUGUUGGCAUUGUUAUCUCGAACAGGCGAUUAAUCCAACCGUGGAUCCGCAAUCCACGCUCCUUCAUAACCUCACCAAUGUAUUAGAAACACCCUCUCUGAAAGACGUUUCCGAGUGUACAUUUCACGAUGUCUCUCGGGGAGAAGCUGCCGUGGAGCGUCACGAUGCAGCACCAAUUCGGGUCAACGCGAUGGCACUGAGUUGGUCUCCGAUGCAAGCCCGACGCGUCGCAGACGGAGGUGUACUCACUGUAGUGCGAGAUAGUCUCCUAUCCACAUCAUCACACGUUUCUUCGUCCUCUAGUCCUUCACUGGAUGAUGAGAGCGAAAACAACACUUCAAUAUCCCCAUUCUCACAACCAACUGCCAGCUCCGAGUCACGGGGCUUGCCAGCAUCAGAUCAACGCUCUGCCAUGAUCUCAGCACAAUGUACUCCGCCUGCUGGGACCAACGAUAUGCUCGCUGUCCCCAUACCACUCCCAAACGGCCACUUUUCAUGUCCGUAUUGUCCCAGGAAGUUCUCACAGCUCUCGAAAGCAAGUCACCAUAUUCAAAUAUAUCGACAUACCCAUAGUUGCUCCGUUUCUGGGUGCGGGUGGAGCUAUAAUCUCCCGAAGGAUCUGCUCCGACAUUCUGCUACUCACAAUACCCCUGAAGCGCGAGACCGAUAUCCUUGCCCAGUGACUGGAUGCAGCGACACUAUGAGUCGGCACGAUUUGCUUAAGCGACACGUCGAGAGAUUUCAUUGAACGUUGUCUUGAGCCUGAAAAACUUGGUCAUGCAUAGCUGCCAAGUUGGUGACUCGACUUCCUUUGGGGCCCAAAAAAGAAAGCUAAUCACAAGCAACAAACACGCACACUCACUCUCUCCCUCACUCUUUUCUUUUACGCGGCUUCUCUUAUGCGAGAUCCCGCUAUGUUGACAAUAAGGCCGCCACCUCUUCCUUAUCCAUCUAAGUCCACCGCCAUCGCUGUUGUAUGCUCCUCGAUAUUUUUCUUGACUCAAGAAGGUGGAGGAGCUAGCAAUAGGUGUACUGUCCGUUAGUAUGGCUUCCCUACGUACGCAGGUGCAGGCCCUAAUGCUUGUGGC